AUGAAUUAUGGUAGAAAGGUGCUGGAGGCUGAGAAGUUGCGCACGGAGACAGACAACAGUUAUGCACUAAAUGGCGACAAUGGGUACUUGAAGCACAAUCAAGCCUUCCCUCUCGCUCAUGGAAAUUAUACCACCCCUCCACGGCGCAGCCACUCCCGCGCUGAUGUGGGUGAUGGUGAUUCUUCGGAUGGGGAUUACACAAAAGAAAUUGAGAGGGCCAACGACGGCGGCAAUUCUUGCGGAGUGGGGACAGGCACCAAACAACCACACCAGCGCCACCAAUUCAAAGGCAGCAGCAAUGGUAUGGCCUGUGGACAGUCGCGGAAACGGAAAUCGUCAGCGUCCAGAAGCCUGACAACUUCGCCUGUACCGAAGAAGAUUCGACUGGAGGCGACUUCGCCUGCAAAGGGUGAUACAAGAAGUAGUCUGACGCGGGCAACAGGUUCACCUGCGGCGCGUCGCAGUCUGUUGGGGGUGAGUGAGAAGAAAAGUCCAGUGGCAGGCGGUGGGGCGGUGGAGACGGCGUCACGGUAUGCGGCGCCGUGCUUAGGUAACUCGAACGGGGGCAACUCCCCAUGCACCACACGUAUGAGGGGGAGUCAUUACGCGGCUCCCACUAUUAGUUCAAAGCUGAAGGAAACUUUGUCAUGGAGGCGGUCUUCCUUGACGUUGGGGCUUCAUCCACCAGCAAAGCACUUCGAUGGCCAUGAACCAGCUACCGCAGGCAUCUCCUUGUCGAAAACAAGCCGGAACCACGCAAUCAUGGCCGACCCCUACGACGCUGAAGCAAACAAACGGGUGGUAGCUACAGGUGAGGAGUGCGGACAAAAAACACAGGCGUUUUCCACCACCAUUAACAACAACAAUUCCACGGCGUCGGCUUCAUUGUUUCCUGCUUACAAAAGUGCCGGAACUUCACUGACGCAGAACUCAACGCCUUGUACAGCGCAUCCCACGACGUCACCAGUUAAAAUGGCUAAGCAACACGUACCCGGCUCACCACCACCAACACCAGCGGAGAGGGAAACUGUAAAAACACCAGGGGCAUCUCCGCCGCUACGUGCUGCAGUUUCCCCGCACUCUCUUAGUCCAUAUAGACAGUACCGUCUUGCAAGUGAGCCCCCACAAAGCGUGGCUUGGGCGGCGCCUGCUUACACCGGGAAGGCUCCCUAUGCAGUAGCGGCGGUGCCGCCAUCGCAUGCUGAAGAAGCGGCUUGCGAUGUCAGAAGAAAGACCUACCAGCCUCUUUCAUUAUCUUCCGAUACAGAAAAGGGACCUGACUUCUCCUCAGCGAGCUGUGCAAAAACAUCGCGUUGGCUCCUUAAUUCAUCAUGGGGAGCUUAUGGGUCACCGUCGCUCAGCCUUGGUUCGCGUCAUUGCAGCGGAUUCAUAAACCCUCGUAAUGAUUGCUACGCAUGUAGUGUUUUGACUUUACUGCUACGCAGUCCUAAGUUUUGCCACGCCUUGUGUGACGCGCCUAGGCGUGAGCCCAGUGACUCCGCUAACAGGAAUAGUACCAAUGAUAACCAAAGUUACGACCCGAAUAACGUGCAUACAAGCUGGCCUUCCAUACAGUUCCAACAGCGACAGGAGACUUCUUUUACAAGUAUCCAUGAAGUACUACUACACUUUCUCCGCUUGCUUCAGAAGCCGGAAAGUAUCGGGUAUGGAAUUGACAUGACUCCGUUGCGUGGGUUCUUUUCCACAUCAUUCUUCUCCGGGGAACAGCAGGACGCCCACGAAUUCUUUUUGGAUCUCAUUCAAAAGCUAGAGGAGGAGGCAAUAGAAAUAUUAAAGCGCAGGAAUGGAAUACAUGAGGAUAGUCUUGAAAAGAAUCAAACAGAGACGGAGGCGGAGGCGGACAUGUUGUUCAACGAUGGCAACCAGGUUGACGGAAAGGGCGGCGAAGACGCUUCCAUCAUUCACCCAUCGUGUGUCUGGAUUAACAGACUUUUUGGAGGGAACCUACUGAACAUUAUUCGCUGCGGGAACGAGGCGUGUAAGCAUGAAAUUGCCACCCAAGAUCCCUAUGUAAACUUGUGUAUAAAUCUAAGCAAGACAGAAUCCACCGAGGCAGGCGCUACGUUGCUGGCUCAGCCACUUGUUGCGGACAACGGCGGCUCAGCAUUGGGUGAAGCUGUUGGCGGCAGACCCUGUACACCACCAAAGGAGGCAGUCCGUGAAUCACUGCCUUCAGCAAUCUUUAAAAGUAAUCCGGGCGAACAUGUUGACAACGACGUCCAGACAUUAUUAGAGCAAACCCUUCAAUAUGUGCCGCUUGACAGGUACGUCUGUGACGCCUGUGGCUCCACACAGAAGCAAAAUCAAGGCGGUAGUCUCUUGGGCCCGUUACCACCUAUUCUCACAAUACAACUGAAUCGGUAUUCCACGAACUACGACCCAGUGAAUGGUGUGCAUGUGAUAAAGAACAAAACGCCUGUUUUUAUCAAUGAAGAGCUUACACUUUUUGCAUUGCGUGAGGAAGGACAAUUUGACGGUGAGAAGAAGCAGUUGGCGCCCUGCGUACGAGGGGCGGAGCGUGCGGCCAAAGAAAGAGAGCGACACGUAAUACCGAACCAGCAGCACGAGGGAGGUGAGACGGGUAUGCCGUCCACCAAUUCAACCUUGGAGGGAGACGACGACUCCAAUAACUCAGGCGUGGACAAGCGGCAUGAGAAGGCAGAGGAAGAGGCAGGGGACGACGCCAAGACGCAUAUAAAUGCCAUCCGCUAUCUUUAUCGUUUACGGGGCGUGGUGCGGCACAUCGGUUCCUGUCCAGUUGCCGGGCAUUAUGUCACGGAGUUUGCUACGGACGGGCUUGAGCCAGGGCCGCCGCCCAAGCCUGACGACGCCGGCAGCAGCAUUGGCAAGGCGGAGGUCAAGCCGUCAAGACUUUGGCAUAUAGCCGAUGAUAUUCGUGUGGAAUUACUGCAACUGGCGGCGCUGGAAAGGCGUCGUAGUUGUUCCACCGACUCCUACCUGCUAUUAUAUGAGAAGGUGAUGGAGGAGGAGGUUUCAUGCCCAGUCUGGCGAGUCUUGCCCUCUGUGAGAAGGUGA